AUGAAGCUUAUCAACACCUGGGCGAUCGCCGCCGUCUGGAGAGAAGCCCUCGCGAGACGGCAAUUGACAACUCCUAUCUCCAAUCUUGUCCAUAUCCUCCACAUCAGCGGGCUUGGCCACCAUCGGCUGGCUGGCGGCGCGGCCAUUCCCGAGCGGAUUCCAUGGGCUGUGACCGGCCGCGUGCUCCUCUCCGCACCUCGACUGGAGGGGCCUGUUUCCCCAGAUAUGUCUUCGAUUCCCAGAUUGCGACCAUGUGACACGUGCCGGCAUCGCAAGACCAGGUGUGUCAAGCCGCCGGACAAGGAUCAGUGCAUCCUGUGCGCCUUUCACGGCAAGAAGUGCACCUAUCUACGGGGUCCGCCGUCCCGGCCUCGACGGCAGAGUGGCACGUCCCCGGCACAUGCGCAUACACAUCUACCUACACAAACAUCUUUCGAUAGGGCAGCGAUAGUCAGUGCUCCUCUUGCUGACAAUGAACUCAUCACCGAGCUUCCACACUCCGAGGGCCAUGAUAUGUCCCCUGCCAGCAGUGGCCCGGAUAGGCCACUGGAGGGAGCGUCGCCUGAGGACUUUAUGUCUACGGCACCGGCUCUAUCUCUGCUCGAGGGCACACUCGGCCUUGACCUCGACACCCACCCCGAGUUUAUCGGACCCAGUAGCUUCCUCGAACCCGCACUCCUAGACAUCCAACGGCCCCGAGAUGCCUCCACUACUGGACAGCCAUCGGCGCCACACCGGCCGCCACCAGGCGGCCAGGCCCGCCGCCUCGACGACCGGACCAUGUUCCUCGUGCACCCGGACGAGGCGACGGCCUCGGAGGCGCAGCGCGUGGCCGACUGCGACGCCAUCGAGGACUGCGUGCGCCCGCUGGGCAAGGCCCUCGUCAACCUCUACUUCCGCAUCGUGCACCCGAGCUACCCGAUCCUGCACAAGGGCGUCUACCUCGCCAAGCACGCCGUCUCGCACCGCAUGUUCUCCCCGCCGCUCCUCGCCGCCGUCUACCUCAUCGCGCUCGACUACCAGCUCUACGACCCGGCCACCACCGCGGGCGGCGGCGGCGGCGGCGCGGCCCCAGCGCGGCCCAACGGGCAGGCGGCGCUUGAGGAGAUCGCGGAGCGCACCAUGGCCGACGACCUGCGCCGGCCCAAGCUUAGCACCCUGCAGGCGGGGCUCCUGCUGCUCCAGCGCAGCCGCAUCGGCACGGGGCCGUCCGGGUGGAUCCUGACGGCGCAGAUGGUCGCCCUGGCGCAGGGGCUCGGCCUGCACGUCGACUGCAGCGACUGGUCGAUCCCGGAGUGGGAGAAGGGCCUGCGGCGCCGCCUGGGCUGGGCGCUCUACAUGCAGGACCGCUGGGGCGCGCUGGCGUGGGGGCGCCCGACCCUGCUCGCCGACGACAGCUGGGACCUCCGGCCCUGCGCGCCAGCCGACUUCCCCGAGGCGGCGGACGAGGAGCAGGCCUCGGAGGCGGAGGCGGCCGCCGACGGCUCAGUGCCCGCCGACACGGGGCGCGAGGCCUUCAUCCGCCAGACCGAGCUCGCGCGCCUGCUGUCGCAGGUCCUAUCGUGCUUCUACACCACCGCCGCGACCAAGCCGGGCGGCGCCCUCGACGCCAUGGGCCCCGCGGCGGCGGCGCAGCUCGCCAAGCCGCUGAUCCUGCACCUGCGGGAGUGGCACGCCGCCCUGCCGCCGGACCUCGGACUCGAGCACAUCGUCUUCCGGCGCCUGUCGUGCGCCGCGCCGCUGCAGCUCGCGCACGCGGCCGUCGAGGUCGCGAUCUAG